AUGGAAUACUCUCCGCAAUAUCAACAACAACAUGGCCAACACCCUGGACACCCAUCUUCUCAUAUGGCCGGUCCCUAUCAGCCAACACCGCAAAACCCGGGGUCUGUGGGGUCGAUGACUUCUCCCACCAACCCUCAAGCACACAUGCAACAAACGCAUCCCACGCAUCAGGCAUCACCUGUUGUCCCGUCACAAUCGCAUUAUCAACAGGCGCAAAAUGCACCAGGCCCGAUGCAUCAACAAAUGAAUUUUCCCCAAUCAUACGGCGUCACAGCGGCCAUGCAACCGCAACCAUACGGCAUAUCCCCAACCCAGGCUGCUGCCAUGGCCACUGCGGCCGCGUCGGGGCAGUUCUAUCCCGUUCAUGGCGAUUCGAUGGCUGGUCAGAUGCAACAGGGCCCGCGCGGCUCACCACGCAUGGCAGGAGUACCGGUGAAAGCUGACAGGAACCCCCGAUCACCUCAAAUGCCUGGUCAGAUACCACCGAUGGGUACGCAGGUACCGCUGCCUCCCGCCGCCCAGAUGCAGCAACGUCGCAUGAGCCAUGUGGGUAGCCCACACGUGCAGAAUGCACAGCCCGUUCUCAAUCACGUCGGUCGACCUUCAGUGCCUCCUCCAAUGCCUCCGCCCCAGCACCCCGUUCAACAAACCCAAGCAUCACCCGACAUGGUUCCCAGUGGUGCGGAGGAGUCUCCGUUGUACGUGAAUGCGAAACAGUUUCAUCGUAUUUUGAAGCGGAGAGUUGCCCGACAGAAAUUAGAAGAGCAGCUACGACUUACCUCGAAAGGUCGCAAGCCGUAUCUUCAUGAGUCACGCCACAAUCAUGCGAUGCGCCGACCCCGCGGCCCCGGCGGUCGAUUCCUUACUGCAGAUGAAGUCGCGGCCAUGGAGAAGAAGGGUAUCGGUUUAGGCCAGGAGAACGCAGAUCCAAAUGCGUCCAAAUCGCUGAGUGACAGCUCGCCUUCGUCUCAGAAACGCAAGGCAAGUGAUGGGAAUAACGAUAACUCUAACUCAGCUAAGAAAGCAAAGACCGGUGCGCGAAAGGCCAGUACCAAUGCUGACGAAAGCGAGCCUGAAUCCGGUGCGCCCUCAGACGAGGAUGGUUGA